ACCCUAACCCUAACCCUAACCCUAACGCAGAUCACUCUAUUGAAUAUGGUCUGAAUAUAGGCCGCCACUCAUUAGAGGAAGCCUUAGAAGCGGCUAAACAAGGGCCUAAGGGCCUUAUUAAGGCGAAUAUAAGCAGGAAUACUAUUACCACCCUCAGGGAGUUUCUUAAGGAGAAUGACUACUUAGUCAAACCUGCUGAUAAGAAUCUCGGUUUAAUAAUACUCCCUAAGCAAUGGUACAUUGACGAAGGCAUACGCCAACUCAGUGAUACUUCUACUUACAAAGUCGUGCAUACAGUAGAGUAUAUUGACAAACUACACCAAUUGGCAGACUAUAGGAAAGAGUUUAUUUCCUACUGGCUUACCCGUAGUAAUGAUGUCAAUAAACUCCUUACUGGCAAGAGAGGCCUUACAAAGUUCCUUAAGUACCCAUUGAUAGCAGACAUAAUCUUGCCUGCUUUCCACCACUUACCCAAGGUACAUAAGACUCCGCUAAAAGGCAGGCCGAUAGUCCCAUCCUAUGCUUGGAUUACAAGCAACCUAUCGCGUUACAUUGACUCCCUUUUACAACCAUUGGUCAGGAGCUAUUCCUGGAUUCUCAGGGACUCUAAGCACCUCCUUAGAGAACUUGCCAAGCUUCAGCUCCCUCUUCAUGAGGAGAUAUGGUUGAUUACAGCGGACAUCCAAUCCAUGUAUACUAACCUUCCUACUACCGAAGGUAUUGACAUUAUGAAUUGGUUAGGGCGCGAACAUUACCAAAGCAAAGAUAUCGGUAACUUCAUAGGUGAAGCUACCUCCUUUGUAUUGGAAAACAACUACCUCUCUUUCCAAGACCAAGUGUAUCAUCAGACUGAUGGUACUGCAAUGGGCACUAGCAUGGCUCCUACCUAUGCAAACCUAUUUGUAGCCGCUUUUGAGGAUCAGUUCAAGAUACCCUACUUGGAUAACCUUUUGUAUUAUGGUCGUUACAUCGACGAUGUACUAGCAAUAGUACAUGGCUCUAAGGAAAAGGCACUUAAGGUUGUUGAACACCUUAAUGCCUUACACCCUAAGCUUCAGUUUGAUGCUGAGAUUAGUGACAGGGCGAUUCCCUUCCUGGACAUACACCUUUACCUAAGGAAGGACACUGUUACACCUGGCAAAGUCACUCUUCAUACGAAAGUGUACCAGAAGCCACUCAACGCCUAUCAAUACAUCCCUUGGUCAUCUUACCACCCUGAGAGUGUUAAGCUUGCCUUUAUCAAAGGCGAACUCACACGCUAUAUUCGGAUUAGCUCUUCCUACAGUGACUACCUAAGGGUUGCACAACUGUUCUGGAAACGCUUACGCCGACGAGGCUACCCGGUUAGAUGGUUAAGGCGAGCAUUCAAAAUGGUGACUUAUCAUAGUCAAAGAGCGGUCUCUGUUGUUGACAGAGCAAAGGGAGAUACAACCCGUUCACCAUUGGUAUAUCAUAUCGAGUACAAUCCGGUAUGGGACUUUGUUAAUGGCAGUAAGGUUCUUACCCACACCGUUAAACAUUGGAAGCCCCAUUACCACAAAUUGAUUGGAACAAAGUCUAAUCGUAUUAUGCGCGCGGUUCACCGCUGCCGUAAUCUGAGCGACUAUAUGAAUACCUGGAACAAAGAAUUGCUUGCUCACAAGGGCUAA